AGUGCUUCUUCCCUGUGUCCAAUUUAAUAUAGGGGCUGAGCGAAGUAGCAGAGUCUUCCUGUGGGCUGCGCCAUCUCCGGAGGAACGAAGAAAGGAUUGCACGAGCUCAUGGAGGCGCCCAAAGCACAUCACCAGGUAGCUAUGGCGAGCAUUCCACCACCAGAAGUUGUGAGGGGGUGCCCAAAGGGAACAACAGCUGUCGCAGAAGCACUGCAGCAGGAGGAGAUGGUAAGGCCACCGGUACCGGAGCCAUCCCUCGAGUGCCCCAGAUGCGAGUCCAUCAACACCAAUUUCUGCUACUACAACAACUACAGCCUCUCUCAGCCCAGGUACUUCUGCAUGGGCUGCAGGAGGCACUGGACCAAAGGAGGCUCUCUGAGGACCGUCCCCGUUGGAGGUGGCUGCAGAAACAACAAGAAGUCUUCUUCUUCUAGGGGGGCACGAGGGCAGCAGGCCUUCGACACCGACUCCACUCCGCCUCUCUGUAACGCUCUCCUACCCUCACUCCUGGCCAUAGCAAGUCUCCAGAAACAACAGAGUGCCCAUCAGGCUUUCCUUCUUGGAAACCCUACCCCUGAGCCCGGAUGGUCUGCAGGGUUCCCUGACAUACUGACGACUGCCAUUCUCGACGGCACCGGCGACCCAAGUGGCUUUCUUUACAGCAUCAACCGUGGUGGGUAUGGUGAUGCGGAUAGCAACGAGGAGGAGCAGCAGCUGCUUCUGCCCUUCCGUGGAGGGUUGGGCGGUGCAACCACGACAACUUGCUGCAGCGUUUGAUGUAGAGGAUGAGGACGACAAGACGUUAAUCGGAUCAUUACUGCCAUAGUCGCAUCGACAGACGUGUUAAGCCAUGAAUCAAUGCGACUCCUUAUUUCAUGCUCCACGACACAUUAUUUUGUUCUCUUCACCACAUAUCCCACGCGAUUCGAAGGGGAAGGAGACAUGCAUCAACAGUAGUGGGUCGUGGGAUCGGACACAGGACGAUGCACGAAACCUGAGCUUUCGGUGAAGUGACUUGGAAUCUUGCAGGGGGUAGA